UGACAUGAAAGUCAGCUGCCAGACAAGGCGGGAGUUGCUUCGGGUAUCAGUGUGGCAGCUUUUCCCCGAAUUGAGAGGCGAUGGAAGUUAUCAGAUACUGCGAUUCUUCUAGUGGCCACCUCCCCAACUCCCCGCCGCCACAGAUGUGAUACGAGUAGUAAUCUUAUCACUUGUUUUAACUCACCUGUGGACUGUUGGCGGGUGGCGUGAACACGUAGUAGGUAUGGGGCAUCAUCUGGCGGCGCUGGUGACGCGGAGAAACAUAGGUGUUGAAGUUGCUCCUCAUCCGCCCAUGCUGCCCCUCUCACCGCAUCAUAAUUUUUCAAUACUAAUUCCUUUGGCUCUUCAUUAAUGGGUCUAUCCUCGUGAGCGAGCCACAUGAAGCACACGUCGGCAUCACCACCCUUGGCUUGACACGCUCCCACAGCAACAAGGAGCAAGGAGGCGGAGUGUGACCAGCGUUGUGGCACCAACACAGAGGCAGGCAGCCUGAAGGAAGGCCAGCAACACAGAAGGCAGUUUGAGCAAUGAUGAGUGUUGUCCCCAGCAGUAUUGGAAUUUUAUUUUAUAUAUAUAUAUAUAUAUAUAUAUAUAUAUAUAUAUAUAUAUAUAUAUAUAUAUAUAUAUAUAUAUAUAUAUAUAUAUAUAUAUAUAUAUAUAUAUAUAUAUAUAUAUAUAUAUAUAUAUAUAUAUAUAUAAUGUUGUGAACGAGGGGGAAAACAUGAAGGUGAGGGGUUAAUAGUGGAGGAAAGAUUUGACAGCAGCAGCAGCAGCAGUAUGAGGUGUUUGAUAUAGGGAGCGUGCCAGGCUGGGUGGAGUGUGUCCCUCACGCCGCCUCUUUGCUGCAGGAUGACAACGUGGAGGAGUGUCCAGUGUGCCUCACCACCUUUGACGACACCCUCAGACGGCCACGCAACCUGCCCUGUGGCCAUACAGUGUGCUCGCCGUGCAUUGAUGGACUGAAGCAGCAGGGUGCCGUCAUGUGCCCCACCUGCCGGGCGAGUCACGCCGUGCCCGAGGCGGGCCAGUUCUCCAUCUCCUAUGCUGUUGAGGGACUGGUGAGGAGGCCGAGGGGUGCAGGACUGGCCUCUCUGCCAGCCGAGCCAGGGAAGCAGACAGCCCCACCAGUGACACGGCCUGCACCAAAGGCGACAACGGGACUCAGCCUCCUCCCCCAGCCACUGUCCCUCCCUCCCUCCCUGCACGCCCACGCCCUCCCCACACUCUCCACCCUGUCCCUCCGCCAGCCACUGUUCCUCCCUUCCUCCCUGGAGGCCCACACCCUCCCCACACUCCCUGCCCUGCCCCUCCGCCAGGCAGUGUCCCUCCCUCCGUCCUGGCGGUGGGGGUUGUCACAGCAGCCCCGUGAGGGCUGCACCGCUGACCGCCCUCCUCCUCACUGGUGCCCCUGGCGGUGUGGCAGGCGGCUCUUGUCAUCCUCCUCACAGUGCCAGUACUCAUUACAAGGGAAUCAUCUCAAACACCACCAAUAAUCAGAGUAACGAGCGUCAUCACAGAAAAAAGGUCAUUGUUGUCAUUAUUCAUUAUUCAUGUUAGUAUUAUUAUUAUUAUUAUUACCAUUAUUAUUGUUACUAUUAACAGUGAUAUGGAGAUGGUGAUAAUGAUGGUGACCACAACAGCCAUGAUGACGAUGACACUAAUAGUUAUGACAGUAAUAAGAACACUAUCAAUACUAAUAAACAUUUAAAAAAUAAAAAAAAAUAAGAAUACUUCUGAUGCUGCUACUGAUGAUGAUGAUGAUGGUGAUGAUGAAAAUUGUAAUAUCUAUAACUGUAAUAAUGAUAACACUACUAAUAAUAAAAAUAAUGAUUAAUGAUAAUAAUAAUAAUAAUAAUAAU